AUGUUAAAAAAAUUUAAAAAUUAUUUGUCUUACAAUAAAAAAAAAUGUCUCAGUAUUCAAGCGAAUGGACUAGCAUUAAUUAUAUUUAAAAUUAUGUUAUUUUUUCGUCGUCGUGAUACAAAUCAAUCACAUUCACAAUUAUCCGAUAAUGAACGAUGUGUUCAUGCUUCAUUAUUUUUUGCAUUUAUAUUUCUUACAAUAACUAUCGUUUUAUUCUAUUUUGCUGGUAAUAAUAAAAAUUCAAAUGAACGAACAUUUUACUUUAUUGGUGCCGGUGUUAGUCUAUUAAUAUUACUAUUUUUAGUUGUAUGUGCGAUUAUUUAUAUUCGACGUUUAUGUUAUCAAUCACCAUCAAUACAUCGACAUACAGCAACUGCCUACAAAGUUAGCACAGAACAUAUUGGUGAUGUUCCACCAUCACAUACCAAUUCAAGACCAAUUCAUUUAUAUAAUAAAAGAUAA